AAAGAAACAUAGGUUAAAUGAGAACGUUUCAGUGAACAGAACAGUAGAAAAGUAAUUGAAAUGUCUUGGGGCUGGGGCUCAUUUCAGACCCCCAGAAAACAAGUAACAGCGCAAACCUACAUUCGAAACCUGCCAUACUCCGUUUUAAAAAGUAUAGCAGAUGAUUUGGACACAGCGGGUACAGCUACAAACUGGAGAGACUUUGUUUUAAAAAUCCCACGAGGACCAAAUGACCCAGAACCAAGAUAUCAGUUACAGGAUAUCAGGAAGUUUGAAAUGAUAGCUGGUAGAGGUGACAGCCCAACAACUGCUGCAAUUGAUGCAUGGUCCACAUCCAAUGCUACAGUACAGGAUUUAAUAAACGUUCUCACUUCUCUCGGCCUCAUAAGCAUGGUGAACAUGUUAAAAAGCCAAGUAACAAUGCCUCCACCUUACGAAGAAGCUGUCAACAGAGAACAAACACAAUCUACUCUGCCAUAUCCCCAACAAGCACAGUACAGACCUGUGCCCACCCCUGUGGGCCAACCAUACCAGCCUUACCCAAACCACAACAUACAUCAGCCUGUGUACAACUACGAGUCCCAUAGAUCAAGCCACCCCCCUAUCCCUCCCCGGCCGUCAAUAUUCUCCGAUUUUGCAUCGAUACGGCAGCCAACACGACCAAAUGAACAAAAAUCUUACCAAGUCGGUUCCAGUGAAAAAUCACUCACACGGCAGCCUACGGAAAACGACUCUGCUCUCAGUGUGGGAAACAAAUUGGAAGAAGAGCAAAAGAGUGAACUUGCAUUUUUGCUACAAGGCCUCAACCUGAAUGCAAAUGCGGUAUCACCUUACUCUUACUCCAGUUUAAAGAUGUUAACCUCAGACUUCAAUGAUUCCUUGAAACUUGGAGAAGGAGCGUUUGGUUCAGUGUUUCAAGGUCACUUAACUCAACCAAAGGAUGGUGACAGCUUAGAAAGAAAAAUUGCGAUUAAACGUCUCAAACUUGACACACCUGAGUUCGCCACUGCCAUAACUGAACAGUUCAAGAAGGAAGUUCAUGUUAUAUCGGAACUACAGCAUGAAAACAUUCUUCCACUUAUGGGAUAUUCCUGUGAUGGACCAGAGUUAUGUCUUGUGUAUGAUUAUAUGUUUAAUGGAUCACUCAGCUCAAGUCUUGAAUCUUGUCGAUUGGGAAAAGUGGUUUUGUUGGUUGGUCAGAGGUUGGAAAUAGCAAAAGGAAGUUCGAACGGAAUUUCCUAUUUACAUGAACAAAAGUUAAUUCACAGAGACAUUAAAAGUUCAAAUAUCCUUUUGGACUCGAAUAUGAAGCCACGAAUAAGUGACUUUGGUCUCAUCCGUUCUACUAGCACUAAAACUGUUGACUUGACCAGCACUAAAACUACAAAUCCCAUUGGUACAAUGGUUUACAUGUCACCUGAAGCUUUCAAAGGAGUUGUCUCGUAUUCUAUGGAUGUUUACAGCUUUGGUGUAGUAUUGCUGGAGUUAUUGACUGGGUUACCGGUGUUAGACGAAAAUCGCGACCCUUCUCAUUUGCCGAUGUUUAUUGAAGAAAGCAUGGAAGAAGAUGAAACAUCGCUAUCUAUGUUUGCCGACACUCGUGCAGGUCCUUGGUCAAAUGGAGUUGAUGAUUCAAUAUAUGAACUUUCAAGCCAGUGCUUGGAUUUCCGGUAUAAGAGAAGGCCAACCAUGCAUAAGGUCCUUUCUGAACUAUCUGCUAUGUUGUGUAAGACAGAAGACCCACAGAGAUGACAACAAAAUGAUAUUCGGAAUUCUAUGUGUUCCUUUCACAACAUGAGCAUUUUUGUUACGUUGUACUAGUUUUAUAUUUUACGGUGUUUGCACUAUACUGUUAGUAAAAUUGCAGUUUUUAUUGAAUUUUAUGUUACGUCUGAUGCAGUGUCUGUUGCGUGUAACGUGUCGGAUUAUUAAAUAUAUCAAAUCAUUGCAAUCAUA